AUGCCCCGACAGCUGCGCGCUCGCACAUCCCGACCAAAUUAUGCUUCGCUCCUGACUAUAGGCGACGAGAGAACUAGUAGCGGGAGUGACUUUGCACCGGACAAGCUUUCCGACGAUGCCCCCGAUAAUGACCCCGAAGUAGACGAGGAAGAAGCAGAAGCAGUGCCGAAACAAGGCAAGACUUUAGCUACUGCUGCAAGGUCUAGACCCUCGAUAACGGGAACACGGCCGUUCCAUAAGCCCCCACCAAAAUCUCCGUCCGCACAGGUAUCUACUUCCAAGAUGUCUGCUCCGAGAACCGCGAAGAUGUAUGCACUACCAAAUCCUAGUGUCCAUCAUCGACACAAAGCCAUGCCGGUUUUUCUUCGCAAGGAAAAAGUCGAGCGACUUGAUGCUCCUCCUACGCUCUUCAACCCACCAAAGAUUGUGUCAACCAAUAGUAUGACAUCAGAACAAUUCCUAACGGAUCGCAUCAGUAGGGCUUGGGGUUAUAAUGUUGGCCCUGGUCCUGUAUGGGAUAUCAUGGAGGACCGAUCAUCCUUCAAGGAGGCUUUGGAAGGAGAGGAUACUUCGAUAAAUGAGUCGCUCAGGCGUCCCAGGGUCCAUCAACACGUUGAGGUGAAACCUGGAUGGACGAGACUCGAUGAGCGUGAUGCUGCGAAGUACUUUCCCACUAACACCAUGUUAACAGAUAAUGGCCAGCCUGCUCCUCUGCAUUGCUUCCUUGGACCGUAUGGUCGCCAGACUCGCGUUGAAAUGGCUAUGUUCGACAGCCACGCUACAUCAGAAUACAUGCCUGGCAGCACAUCUUUCGUGUUCAAUGUUGGAUCUCCUGCGUGGGGCGUAGACUGGUGCCCGUCACACCCAGAUGACCGACCCCAUCGAGCCUAUAAACAUUACCUUGCGGUCGCCCCUUUCUCUUCGCGGUCGCACUCACCGAUGAUCGGUGCGAAAGUUCAUCGUCCGGUUCCUGCUUGCAUCCAAAUAUGGGGUUUGCAGUCCAAACAGGAGAACACCUUGCAAGAAGACCGCUCACUGGCCGGUGAGAUAAAGUGCGAGAUGGUCGUUUGCUUAGAGUCAGGGCCUGCAUUCGAAAUUAAGUGGUGCCCUCUUCCCUCGCAUGAUCAGUGGAAUGAAGUUCAUAUGGAAGAACACCCGCGAAAGCUAGGGCUACUAGCAGGGACAUUUGAAGACGGUUCGUUGUCCAUAUAUGUUGUUCCAGACCCAGAGGAUGUAAGGAGUAAAGAUGAUGACUCAACACGUCCGACAUCUGUGCAUAUACCCGAACCACUUCUCCGAAUCGAGCUAGAGGAAACUUGUUGCUGGUCCCUUGACUGGGCUAAUAGUGAAACCAUCGCUGUUGGUUGCACAAAUGGUUACGUCGCUGUAUAUGAUAUUGGUCAUGCAAUCAGAACAGGUCAGGGCUCAAACAUGCUCCCAACCCAUUACAUUUCAAUACAUCAAUCUGCGGUGCGAGCCCUUUCAUGGAUUCGUAUCCCGCCGACGAAUGGCUCUGGCGUGCCAUCGACCUCCGAGGAUCCAACAGUUCUGGCUACCGGCGGAUACGACGGCAUGGAAUGUUUGAUUGACAUCCGAGAACCACAUGGAAAUAUUGUAAACAGGACACGGGAUGUGAUCAAUAGCACUACAUACUCCCCAUUCGCGGGCGGACCGAUCAUGAUUGAUCACGACAACAGUGUCAAAGCAUAUGCAAUAUCUCCUAGUACGCUAGGCAGAGGGCACGUACUUCUGGAGCCAGAUGGACCAGUGUGGAGCGUCAGUGCAUCGGAAUACCACGCUCAGUUAGCGGUCGGUUCAGCAGAUGGCUCUUGCGUAACAACCAACACUCUGAAAACAACAAGGAGAGGAGGGUCGGUCCCAUUCUUCUUCCGCAAGAUCUUUCAGUUGGACUACAGCCGAAAGACAGGAGAGUUUCGUAUGUUAGACCAUUUCCUUCCGCAAGAAACUCAAGAAAGGUCCACAAAAUUGAAAGGGAAACAAGCCAAAAAAGAUGAAUCUGAGACAAGCACCAGUACUGGUGUAUGGCCACCCGAAGUAGGCGUCCAUCGUGUUACUUGGAACAUGGGUAAUGGUCUGGGCGGAGCGCCGCUACUCGCGUCUACUACGGGUUCAGGACUAUGUAGGGUGGAUUGGUUGCUAGGACGUUGGAUGCGGAACAAGGUACCAUACGUGAAUGUGCCAAAUAUGAGGAAAGAGGUUGACGAUGUAAUGGACGAGGAUAGUGGGGAUGAAGCUGUAUAA